AGAUAUAAAUCUUCUUCUUGUGUUGAUUUAACCUGAUGUUUCUUCAGGCUUCUGCGAUUGGUUCUUGACCAUAAUAUUGCUGAUUAUGUCACUGCUAAGAACAACCUUGUAUUGUCUUACAAGGACAUGAGCCACACAAACUCGUAUGGUCUCGUAGUGCAGUACUAUGGACUCGUCCUUGAUCUUUUGCUGCUUGGUUUGACUCGAGCUAGUGAAAUUGCUGGUCCACCCCAGAUGCCAAACGAGUUCAUUACUUAUGAUGAUACUAGGGUAGAAACAGGACAUCCAAUUCGUUUAUACUCCAGAUACAUUGACAAGGUGCAUAUAUUAUUCCGUUUCACACAUGAAGAAGCUAGGGACCUUAUCCAGCGGUAUCUCACUGAGCAUCCUGAUCCUAACCAUGAAAAUAUGGUUGGUUAUAACAAGAAGAAAUGCUGGCCAAGAGACGCCAGGAUGAGACUUAUGAAGCACGAUGUAAACCUUGGUAGAAGUGUUUUCUGGGAUAUGAAGAACCGUCUUCCUAGAAGCAUUACCCCACUUGAAUGGGAGAACAGCUUUGUAUCUGUGUACAGUAAAGACAAUCCGAACUUACUUUUUAGCAUGUAUUAGCAUGUAUGUGUAACUUGUUCUUCCUCUUUGCUUUUACUUUUUAAUCCAUACUUGCAUUCACAUAAUGUACAUAGUACACAUGCUCAUGUUUAACAUUAGUUACCAACCACCUAAUGUUUAGGUGCGGAUUCGAAGUUCGUAUACUGCCAAGAUUAGAAUGGCUCGAGAGGCUUUCAGCAAUACCAGAGAUGGGGUUUGGAAUCUGCAGAAUGAACAGACGGCAGUUGCUUUCUUACGGGUAGAUGAUGAUCGUGUAAGACAGAUUCUAGUGUCCUCAGGCUCGACUACAUUCACAAAGAUUGUUAACAAAUGGAGUACAGCACUGAUAUGUAAUUAUUCAAUUUCUUGCCUCCUAAUACCCAUGUUCAAUGUUGCUUUAACUUCGAGUGUUCUUUAGCUGGAGUUUUAAUUUACUUCUGCAGGCCUCAUGACAUACACAAGAAUGCGAAACAAGGAAAGUACCCCAUGUACAAUAAAUUAUAUAGUCAACUCAUAUUAACCUCGACAAAAUAUCAUUUGUCGGUCUAAAUUUAAGUUUUUGAGACUAUAUAUAAGGCAAAGAAUACCUGUUAUUCACUUCGCAAACUCAAGAACAGUUUUUUUAAAGUACACAUGCUGAAUUGUACAACAUUAUGCACCCAUCAGCAGCUUUUUUCUUUAUUGCGCUCGCCCAAGAGAUCGAACAAGUCGAAUGUAGGAGGCUCGUCACCAAGAACGCUAGCUUGUGUGUCAGGAAAGUUCAACGACUCGGUAGCACUCUCAAUGGGGAAUGUAGGAGGUUCGUCACCAAGAACGCUAGCUUGUGUGUCAGGAAAGUUCAACGACUCGGUAGCACUCUCAAUGGGGAAUGUAGGAGGUUCGUCACCAAGAACGUUAGCUUUUGUGUCUUUGGUCUUAGGAAAGAAGUACUCGGUAGUACGAGCAAUCUCAAUGCACCCAAAAAAAAAA